CGUACUUGUUCAAAUUGGGACGUUAGGAAAUAGAGUGCUCUCUUGGCUCUUGCCAUCUCAUCGCCAGCUUAGAAACCCGCGGCUUUCCUCAUCACACCCCUCUCCUGUUAAAACCCCGUCAAGUAUCAAAGAUUCAAAGCCCAUUGCCCCACUCCAUUUUAAUUCCCCAUCUCCUCCUCUCCCUUUCUAUAUAAACGCACCCCACGCAGCGAGACAAACUAUAGCCAUUAUUACAAGACAAAGAAGCCGGCCGGCAGACACAGCCAUGGCGGUCGGCGACGACGCCAACGGCGGCGGCGGGGUGCGGCGGCGCCAGCGCGGGUGCUUGUGCACCAAGGCCGACUUCUUCCCGGAGGAGUCGUUCUCGAGCUGGUCGGCGUACGGCCGCGCGCUGCGGAGCACGGGCUCCCGGCUGGCGGACCGGCUCACGUCGCGGUCGGCGGAGUCGGCGGAGCUCCACGAGGUGCGCGCACGCAGCGGCGCCGACAUGAGGCGGGACCUCACGUGGUGGGACCUGGUGUGGUUUGGCGUCGGCGCCGUCAUCGGCGCCGGGAUCUUCGUGCUCACGGGGCAGGAGGCGCACGACGCCGUCGGCCCCGCCAUCGUCGUCUCCUACGUCAUCUCCGGCGUCUCCGCCAUGCUCUCCGUCUUCUGCUACACCGAGUUCGGCGUCGAGAUCCCCGUCGCAGGCGGAUCCUUCGCGUACCUGCGCGUGGAGCUCGGCGACUUCAUGGCGUUCGUGGCGGCGGGCAACAUCCUGCUGGAGUACUGCAUUGGCGGCGCGGCGGUGGCGCGCGCGUGGACGUCCUACUUCGCCACGCUGCUGAACCACAAGCCCAACGACUUCCGCAUCCACGCGUCGUCGCUCUCCGCCGAAUACUCCGAGCUCGACCCCAUCGCCGUCGUCGUCAUCGCGCUCGUGUGCGUCUUCGCCGUGGUCAGCACCAAGGGCACCUCCCGCUUCAACUACGUGCUCUCCAUCGUCCACAUCGCCGUCAUCAUCUUCAUCAUCGUGGCCGGGCUCACCAGGGCCGACACCGCCAACAUGCGGGACUUCAUGCCCUACGGCGUCCGCGGCAUCUUCUCGGCGUCCGCCGUGCUCUUCUUCGCCUACAUCGGCUUCGAUGCCGUGAGCACCAUGGCCGAGGAGACCAAGAACCCGGCGCGCGACAUCCCCAUCGGCCUCGUCGGCGCCAUGACGCUCACCACCGCGCUCUACUGUGUCCUCGCCGUCACGCUCUGCCUCAUGCAGCCGUACGGUGCCAUCGACAAGGACGCGCCCUUCUCCGUGGCGUUCGCGGACAGGGGCAUGGACUGGGGCAAGUACAUCGUCGCCUUCGGCGCGCUCAAGGGGAUGACCACCGUGCUGCUGGUCGGCGCCGUCGGCCAGGCGCGGUACCUGACGCACAUCGCACGGACGCACAUGAUGCCGCCGUGGCUGGCGCAGGUGCACCCGCGGACGGGGACGCCCGUGAACGCCACCGUCGCCAUGCUCGCCGCCACCGCCGUCAUCGCCUUCUUCACCGACCUCAACAUCCUCUCCAGCCUGCUCUCCAUCUCCACGCUCUUCAUCUUCACGCUCGUCGCCGUGGCGCUGCUGGUCCGCCGCUACUACGUCUCCGGGGAGACCACGGUUGCCGACCGGAACAAACUGGCGGCGUGCAUCGCCGCCAUCCUGGCGACGUCGGCCGCGACGGCGGGGUGCUGGGGGGUGGACGUCAAGGGGUGGGUUCCGUACGCGGUGACGGUGCCCGCGUGGCUGGCGUCGACGGCGUGCCUGUGGGCGUUCGUGCCGCAGGCGAGGGCGCCCAAGCUGUGGGGGGUGCCGCUGGUGCCGUGGCUGCCGUCGGCGUCCAUCGCCAUCAACGUGUUCCUGCUGGGCUCCAUCGACUACAAGUCGUUCAUGCGGUUCGGGAUAUGGACGGUGGCGCUGCUCGUCUACUACCUCUUCGUCGGCCUUCACGCGUCCUACGACACGGCCAAGGCGCUCGCCGCCGAGUUGGCCUUGACCGCCAAGGUGGAGGAAGGCGACGGCAAGCCGGCAAGAGGCGCCGUCCACAACGGUGAUUACUGAACUCUGAAGGGAGAUGUAGUCGUGGAUAUAAAAUGGUAGUGCUAGUGCUUAAUGUUACGACUGAAAACUAUUAGUCGAACAUAAGUAAGCUUGUACAAAUCUUAUGCGGUCAUUAGACCACGCUUGUUGUGUAGUUAAAUUGUGUUUAGUUCAUGUUCGUACACUAUUUGAAUUUUAUCCUAGAGAUCAAGAGUUUCUGUAAUGGCUCCA